AUGGAUUCACAUCAAUCAGGUGUCUGUGGUCGUAGACCUAAUAGUAAAGAAUAUUCACCUCAAACUCGUUGCUUGCAAUCAGAUGUACACAGAAAUCAGAGAUGUAAUGAUGAACAUUCAGCCUCAAGACCUGAAGACUGCCCUACUGAUGUGAUUCCCAGCAGAUCAGGGUUUAGGCCUACUAGUAUGAGAUCAAUAAGUGAUGUGUUAACAGAGUCAGAGAUUCAACAGAGAGUCCGACAGUUUGCUAAAAAUAUUGAGACAGAAAGCCCAUUCAACUCUUACCAAAGGCACAGACAGCAGCCACUUGAAUUCUAUUGCAGGAGAUUCAACAAACGUUUAAGAAAGGUAAACCAAUGGCUUGUCAUAAAGAAAAGAAUCCAGAAGUCGAAAUUAAGACAGGAGCAAAACUCCAGUAGCUCAGGUCCAGGUUCUCUAGCAUCAACGUCUACCUUACCAGCUGAUCCAGACGAGAGUUCCUGUCUUACAUCUCCACGGGACACCAGAAUCAAUUCCCAUGCUGGUCAGCCACCUCACUCAGUGUGGAUCUCUUUAGACUCUGAUGACAAUGCUUAUAGCUCAAACACUGAUCACAUAUCCCAUACCGGUACUCAGGAAGGUUCGGUUAACCGCCAUCCAGUUACUAUCCACAUGGACUCUGAUGACGAUUCUAUUAGCUCGAACACUGAUAAUAUAUCCCAUACCGAUACUCAAGAAUGUUCUGUCAACCGCCAUCCAGUUACUAUCCACAUGGACUCUGAUGACGAUACUUAUAGCUCAAACACUGAUCAAAUAUCCCAUACUGGUACUCAAGAAGGCUCUGUCAACUGCCAACCAAUAUCCAUCCACAUCGAUUCUGAGGAUGAAGCUAAUGGGAAUGCACAUGGAGAGCCAGAUCAUUCCGGAGUUCAAGACAAAUUCCUGGUUAUUCUGGAUUCUGAUGAAGAACUAAGCUCAAAGGAGAUCCAAAUCACCUCCAGGAAUAAUUCCAGCAAGGAACUGAUCAUCUACGUAGACUCAGAUGAUAAUGAUCUAUCUGAUACAAUUGAGAAGAACAGGAAGUCCACACCUUCUUCAGAUAGUGAUGUUAUAGAGGUUCCUCAUAUUUCUGACUCUGAAGAUGAACCUAAAAGGAUACAGGAAAAGGGGAAGCCACUUGUCCCUGAUGUACAGAUAGAGAUUGAAAAAGGAACUGGUAUCACUCAAAGAUCAAGUAACAGAAAGGUCAGCAGAUUACAAGAAGAUACUGCCGGUAGUACCGGCCAGAGAGAGCCAAAACAAACAGUUCUAAAAAUAACAGCAAAACCUAAAAAACUGAAGAAAAGAAAAAGUCAUCUAUUGAAGAGAAGCUGCAAGGCCAGUUCUUUAAAAUUAUCGAAGAAUAUAAAAUGUUGA